AUUUUAUAAUAUAAUCAGGAACUUAAAUUGUAGUUUUAAAGAUGGGUAAAAUGAUUCUAGAGUAUUUGGAAGGAAAUCGAAUUUAUGUAUGUAAAAAAUGCCAUAUACAUUUAUCAAAUUAUGAGAGUAGAAUAUCGAAGGUAUGAUAAAAAAUUUGAUUCUAGAAUUUUAGAGGUGGAAGUGGUUAAGCUUUUUUAUUAGAUAGAGGGUAGUUUAUUUGAUUAUAAAGAAUAAAUUAUCAUCUUGGUCAGCUAGAAGAUAAAGAUUUGAUGACAGGAAAGCAUACGAUUUAAAAUUUGAGUUGUAAUGGUUGUAAUCAAGUAAUUGGAUGGAAAUAUGUAUAAUAAUGGAAUUAAUAAAUUGAUUAGGUUAAAGCAUAUAGAGAGAGUGAGAAAUAUAAGGAGGGAAAGAUAAUAAUAGAAAGAAAUUUCUUAAAAAGAAUAAAAUGGAACUGAAUCUAUUAAAAUAUUAUAAAUAAUGAUAAUAGUUCUAAAAGAUCUGUUGUAUGAAUAAGUGAUUUAGAG